AUGGCAAAGGAGGAAGUGGUGUUUGUGUUCUGUGUUUCAGGUCUGCGUGCUGGUGACAAUACCACAGGAUCUGGAAUUCCAGCGGGCUAUUCCACAGGAUGCAUCUAUCCUUCACCACCGGUUGGGGUUCUCGCUGUCUUGCUUGCUCUGUCCGGAUCAGAAGCUAAGAGUUUUAAAGUCUCCUGUACUCCAUGCCCUAAGCAUGCCUUCUGCUACAACAGCACCCACUGUGUUUGUGAAGAUGGAUUCCAUUCCAGUUCUGGGAGGAAAUACUUUUAUGAUCCCCAUGAAAAAUGUGAAGAUAUUGAUGAAUGUGUGAUUGGGCUGGCCAAGUGCCAGCCCAGAGCAUAUUGUAGCAAUAAAAUUGGAGGUUACAACUGCAACUGUGCGCCAAGUUGGUGGGAUAUAUUUUCUUGGUUUAAUCAUCAAGACUGUUAUGGUGAUGGAAUUGAUGAUGAAGGCUCACCAGCAAAAGUGAACAUCUGGGUGAGUAGAGUGAAGCCUGGGUUUGAGAAACAGCUGCCUGGUGGUGAAAAAACAAGACCUAUCUGUGUCUACUGGGAUGGAUUCAAAGAUGGGGGAAGUUGGUCCACGGAGGGCUGCUCUCACGUGUACAGCAACGACUCUUACACCAAGUGCAAGUGCUUCCACCUGUCCAGCUUCGCUGUUCUUUUGGCUCUUGCCCCCAAGGAGGACCCUGUGCUGACCAUCAUCACCUACGUGGGGCUGGUCAUCUCUCUGCUGUGCCUGUUCCUGGCAUUUCUCACCUUCCUCCUGUGCCGGCCCAUCCAGAACACCAGCACCUCCCUCCACCUACAGCUCUCCCUCUGCCUCUUCCUGGCCCACCUCCUCUUCCUCACGGGCAUCAACAGAACUGAGCCUCAGGUGCUGUGCUCUGUCGUCGCCGGGCUGCUGCACUUUCUCUACCUGGCCUCCUUCACCUGGAUGCUCCUGGAGGGGCUGCACCUCUUCCUGACGGUGAGGAAUCUCAAGGUGAUCAACUACACCAGCGCCGGCAGAUUCAAGAAGAGGUUCAUGUACCCUUUCGGCUAUGGGAUCCCAGCUGUGAUUGUCGCCGUGUCGGCCGCCGUUGGACACAGAAAUUAUGGAACCUUGACUCACUGCUGGCUCAAGCUGGAUAAAGGCUUCAUCUGGAGCUUUAUGGGACCAGUGGCUGUCAUUAUCUUAAUAAACCUACUGUUCUACUUCCAAGUUCUAUGGAUUUUGAGAAGUAAACUUUCCUCCCUCAACAAAGAAGUCUCGACUAUUCAGGACACCAGAGUCAUGACAUUUAAAGCCAUUGCUCAACUGUUUAUCCUGGGCUGUUCUUGGGGCCUUGGCUUUUUUAUGGUUGAAGGUGUAGGGAAGACCCUCGAAUUAGUCAAUACCUACGCAUUUACCAUCAUCAACGUCCUGCAGGGGGUGCUACUCUUUGUAGUGCAUUGUCUCCUUAAUCGCCAGGUAAGGCUUAUUAUUAUUAUUAUUAUUAUUGUGCGGAUGGAAUACAAGCAAUGGCUGAGUGGGAUGCGGAAGGGAGUCAAAACUGAAAGCACGGAGAUGUCUCGCUCAACCACCCACACCAAAGUGGAGGAGGAAUCGAAGAAGCCAUCGGAAUCAUUUCCUAGGAAAGACACCUCGUCGGCCCCGUCGCUGCCGCAGGUUCACCUCGUCUCUGCUUCUUGGCAGAAGGCGAACUGA